AUGACCAAUGUUUAUAUUGCAGCAGAAGAAAUUAUAGACAAUGUACAGGACGAGUAUGUUGAUGUUUUAGUAGAAUCUCAUAAUGAGAAAGUUAUGGAAACCUUGAAGACAGUGGAAGGAGAAACGGCUAAUCUCGAACUUUCCGAAGUUUUUAAGCCAAGAAAUGAAAAGGAAUUAGUGGGCCCCCGUACAUCUGCCGGAAUCAGAGAAUUAGUGGCCAGCGGUGAGAGAGAAUGCAAGACAAAUGUGGGCGGGAGAGAGAAAUAUGAAGCAAGGUGUGGUGGGGUGGUGCAAAAAUAUGACGAUGAAUCCUUCGACGGUGAGUGGCUGGAGAUGGCUUCUGGCAAUCUAAAGGUGAAUAAGUUGAUAGAGUUUGGUGAUUGUACUCUCCUUUUGCUUUUGAAAUUAUUUCCCCAACUACAACUUGCUUGUGGUUUUCAGUCCAAACUAAAAACCCAUAUAGUGUCUGCCACUGGGACUGAUGUUGCUGUGGAGGCAGCAGAUUUGCCUGCGGCAGAUAAUGAUGCUUCAGAAAUUUCUAUAGAUGCUGCAAACAUAAGUGGAGAAUCGUCUGUCAAACCAGAUGUUAAUCCUACUCCUGCCCAAUCUAAACGUUCAAAGCCUAUUAGAAAGAGUGAGAUGCCUCCUGUGAAGAAUGAAGAACUCGUUCCUGGAGCAACUUUCACAGGAAAAGUUAGAUCAAUCCAGCCAUUUGGUGCUUUUGUUGAUUUUGGAGCUUUUACAGACGGCCUUGUGCAUGUUUCUAAUCUGAGUAGUAGCUUUGUGAAGGAUGUUGGGAGUGUAGUUUCCAUUGGACAGGAGGUGACAGUAAGGUUGAUUGAAGCGAACACAGAGACUGGCCGAAUAUCUUUAACCAUGCGUGAAAGUGAUGAUGCCAGCAAGAAAGAUGGCAAUGAUAAAUCUAGACCUACCAGAAAGUUCGGUCAAAAGUCUAAUCAGAGAAGAGAUGAGAUGAAGAAAAGCUCAAAGUUUGUGAAGGGUCAAAAUCUCGAGGGAACAGUGAAAAAUUUAGCCAGAGCUGGUGCUUUCAUAUCUUUACCCGAAGGUGAGGAAGGAUUCUUGCCUGUAUCAGAAGAAGCUGACGAUAGUUUUGCAAAUGUUAUGGGCGAAACUUCACUGGAAGUAGGUCAAGAAGUCAGCGUUAGAGUGUUGCGCAUCACUAGAGGACAGGUAACAUUGACAAUGAAAAAGGAAGAAGCUGCUGCAGAGUUGGAUUCCAAGCUUAGCCAGGGUGUUGUACAUAAAGCAACUAACCCUUUUCUGUUAGCAUUUCGCAGUAAUAAAGACAUUUCUGCAUUUUUGGAUGAAAUUGAGAAAGAAGAUGAACCAGUUGAAAAAACACAGGAAGAUGUAGAGGGUGCAGAUUCAGGAGCCAUAACAAUGGAUGGUAUUGUACCUGAAACCUUGGACGAGGAAGAGGGCCCUGAAAGUAUACUUGCUGAUUCUUCACAAUCUAAUGAUGUUGCUGAAAGCAUCGAAGAAGUUAAGGUGAGCUCUGUAAUUUUGACUGCUGAUGAUGAAAUUGUUGAGGAACCUUCUCCUACUGAUGCUAUAGAAACCAAAGAAGAAGCUAAGUUGUCUGAAGAAUUAGUUCAUCAGGCCUGGGGAUCAGAGACUAUAGAAGAAGUUACGGGAAAGGCAUCUGAUGAUUUAAUAGCAAAAGAUGAAGAGCAAAGUCAGGAACCAAAUAGCUCAGAGGCUUCUGCCACAGAAGGUGAAUCUGCGUUAUCUGGAGAACCUCCUGUGAUGGAUGCAACAGUGAAUGAAAAAGAAUCCAAGUUAUCUGGAGAAAUAGCUGAUCAGACCUUGUCAUCGGAGAUAGCUGAACAAGUUACAGAGAAGGCUGCUGCUGAUAUGAUAGCAGUAGCAGAAGAGGAAGAGCAAAGUCAGAAACCAGAUAGUGAAUUUCCUUCUGCCAAACAAGAAAGUCAGAUUAGUGGAGAUGUUAUCAAGAAUCAGGAUGACAAUGUGGCUGUAAGUGACGUCCAGGCGCAAACUUCUGCUGCCAGUAGUGAAAAUUCAUUGAUCACAUCUGUUGAAGAGGAAGAGGGGGGAAUCAACCUUCAAAAGAAUGGAAAUGAGCCCAACCCAAUUGGGGAAAGUGGUAUUGCUUCACCAAAAGAAGUCACGUCCAAAGCUGCUAUUGCACCAGCUCUUGUGAAGCAGUUGCGUGAGGAAACAGGAGCAGGAAUGAUGGAUUGCAAGAAAGCUCUAUCUGAAACUGGAGGAGACAUAGUUAAAGCUCAGGAAUACCUCAGAAAGAAAGGUUUAGCAAGUGCAGAUAAGAAAUCCAGUAGGGUCACAGCUGAAGGAAGAAUUGGUUCAUAUAUUCAUGAUAACAGGAUAGGCAUCUUAGUAGAGGUGAAUUGUGAAACAGAUUUUGUAGCUCGAGGUGACAUUUUCACGGAAUUGGUUGAGGACUUGGCCAUGCAAGUGGCUGCAUGCCCUCAAGUACAGUAUCUUAGUACUGAAGAUGUUCCUAAAGAUAUUGUUGAUAAGGAGAAGGAAAUUGAAAUGCAAAAGGAAGAUCUAUUGUCCAAACCAGAGCAGAUUAGAUCUAAGAUUGUUGAUGGCCGGAUAAAUAAGAGGUUAGAGGAGCUGGCCUUAUUGGAACAGCCUUAUAUCAAGAAUGAUAAAAUAGUGGUGAAGGAUUGGGUGAAGCAGACUAUUGCAAAAGUCGGAGAGAACAUCAAAGUGAAGAGAUUCAUGCGCUACAAUUUAGGAGAAGGUCUGGAAAGGAAAAGCCAAGAUUUUGCUGCAGAAGUCGCAGCACAAACUGCUGCUAAAUUGUUGCCCACAUCUGGAAAACAGGAACCUCCUGCCAUUGAAGCCAAGGAAACCAUAGAGAAGACUCCAAAAGCAACAAUUUCAGCUGCACUGGUCAAACAAUUGCGAGAGGAAACUGGAGCUGGCAUGAUGGAUUGCAAGAAAGCCCUUUCUGAAACUGGAGGAGACCUUGAGAAGGCACAAGAAUACCUAAGGAAGAAGGGCCUUUCUGCUGCUGACAAAAAGUCUAAACGACUUGCUGCUGAAGGCAGAAUUGGGUCCUACAUUCAUGAUUCCCGCAUUGGAGUUCUACUUGAAGUUAAUUGUGAAACUGACUUUGUGGGUAGAAGUGAAAACUUCAAAGAAUUGGUUGAUGAUCUAGCGAUGCAGGUUGUUGCCUGCCCACAAGUGCAGUACGUAUCCAUUGAAGAUGUCCCAGAAAGCAUGGUCAACAAAGAGAAGGAACUGGAGAUGCAGAGGGAAGAUCUUCAGUUGAAGCCUGAGAAUAUAAGGGAGAAGAUUGUCGAUGGAAGGAUUUCAAAGAGGCUUAGCGAGCUUACUCUUUUGGAACAGCCCUUCAUUAGAAACGAUAGCAUUUUGGUGAAGGAUCUGGUGAAGCAAACUGUUGCUGCCCUUGGGGAGAAUAUAAAAGUCAGGAGGUUUAUUCGGUUUACACUUGGUGAGACGAGCAACGCAGAGUUAGGGAAUGAAGCAGGAGAUGCAGAAUAG